AUGUAUUGCAAUCCUACCAUUGCUUUGGAUACAGAUACAACGGAGCUGAGGAAGACAUUUCGAGCUCCGCCUAAGAGCGAUGGCAACACAUUCAGCACCUUCACGUUGUUUGAAUUGAUCCGAAAGCUGGAACAAAAGGAGAUUAAGACUUGGGCACAGCUGGCAAUUGAUCUAGGUGUGGAGCCACCAGCCUUGGACAAAGGCCAAAGUGCCCAGAAAGUCCAGCAGUACGCUGUGAGACUCAAGCGAUGGAUGCAUGCUAUGCACGUGGAUGCCUUUUUUGAGUAUCUUUUGAACAAACCCCACGUCUACUGGGCCCAAGUUCCGUCUGUCAACGAGCCGGCUUCAGAAUUUGGUAGGGAUGGAGUUGCUCCUGAGGAGGACUUAGCCUUACGAGCACUGCUACCGGAAACAAGACCAAAACGGGGGCGGCGCAAAGCCGAGGACAGGGACAAUGAUAGCGAUGCAGGAAGAUCGCCUUCUCAACGCCGCAGGCUGGAUUCUCCAACACUGUCCGAAGAUUUCAUGAUUGCUAGAGCUUCGCUCAUUCCGGAAAAUGGUGCCCAUGGGACGUCCCAUCUUGGGUUCCAUCAAGCUUUUGAUGACAGAAUAGUCCCUUGGUCAGCAACAGAGGUCAGAGCACCGCAAUUACCAGACAGUUUCCGCUGGGCUCACCCAGAAGAUGCUCAGACUCCUAUGUCGGCUUAUCCUCGGUCGGCCAUUACACCGUCCCUUAACAGAACCAACCUUUGGAAUGAUGGGUCUCGUUCCGCUAUAACCCCUAAUAAACCCCGGUCACGACGUCGACAUGGACCAGCGGUCUCAUCAGCGUGGCCUAGCAGUGGUGGAGCCGCCUCUGGGAAACUUCGAGGUCGACCCCCAAGUAAUCGAUCAGUAACAGAUGGUCCUUUUUCGACUUUUCCUGCCAAUCCAGGCAGCAGGGAUGUACCAACCAUUAAUCUCCGGGACAAUACCCCAACGGCUACUCCCAUCGUGAGCAACUCGAAUACUCCGCAUUUCUUCCCUACCGAAAUGAGCACCAGCACACCCAAUCCUCCAGAUCCGCCCGGACAUAAUGGAAGGCCAAACCGCUUGCAUCUCCAGGUCCCACAACGACAGGGCGGCUCUGUGAGGCUGGCAACACCUCCAGCAGCUGUACUAUCAAAUAGCGAAGAUGGUACGGGCAUGCAGAAUGAUCCUGCAAAUCAGGUGCAGAAUUUCGCGCCCAUGAUGGAAUAUUUCAACACUCCAUCAACUGGAGAUCCAGACUCGGGUUUUAACCACUUCGUGAGCAUUGCCUUCCGCCAAAAUGAGGUAGCAGAUCGUACGAAUAUCGAUGCAUUAGAGAGGCAUUUCAUCUCCGAAAUUCUUGGUGCAGAUUGGUACGAUGCCAGAGGAGCCAGCAUUGAGCGAUGUAGCAUUGAUGAGGCAGAUAAGAUCUGUAAGCAGGUGAUCAAGAAUUUGCAAUCCGAGUCCAGCAGCACAGAGGCAUUCUUGAUCAAUCUCUCGGCCCUUGCAGGCGGGCCUUUGAUGACACGGCUGCGAAUGACUAGGCUUGAGUGUGGCAUGAAAACUGGUUAUGAGUGUCAUUGGAAGAUGAAAUUUGGAUCUAUUGAGGGCAACUUUACUAUCAGAGCAACCGUGCAACGGGAUAGCACACCGAAGGCUCUAGACAAUGGGCACGAAAAUACGGAGAUAUCAUGGAAGCAGCGAUACUUGGAUCUCCAACAACAGAUUAGGGAGAAGGAUGAAAAGGUCGGGAGGCUUAAAAGGGGCAUCCUGGAUGCUCUGCUGGUGACAAACCAUUACACUAGCGCUUGA